UUUUGACUUUUUUUAAGUACGUUUAAACUUAAAACGGGCAUAAACUUUAAUAAUUUUCUUUAAUUUUGAACUUAAAUUGAUGUUUGAUAUACAGUAUUUUAGAAUAUGACGACAUUAAGAGAGCUGAAUAUGAAACAUAAGGGAAUAAUGAAAAAAAAUCUAAGGCCUAGAUGUGUUGUUACAGAUCCUUAUGAAAAAUUUUGGCCAAUUUUAGAUUUAGAAAAAUCACAAUUACUAGUUGACGAAAUGCAAAAAAGUAUAUCUAAAGAAAAUGGUAAGUUAAAAGUAAAUUGGUUCACUUUAAAGAAAUUACCUUUGGAUGUACGAAAAUGCCAAAUUAAAAAUUUUUCCAUUUCACAUAAACAACAUAUAAGUCCUGAAUUAAAAGCACAAAGAUCAGUUUUGAAAAUGGGUAUUAAUGAAGUUAGUAGAUGUGUUGAAAAAGAUCAAAUAACUUGUUGUUUGAUAGCAGAAGAUGUGGCAAACUGUAUGAUUGCUAAACAUUUACUUAUUAUGACUUCUACAAAGAGAAUACCAGUUCUAAUUCUUCCAGAUAUGCGUUCAAUUACAAAACGUCUAAUUGGUUUUUCUUCUGCAGUGAUAGGAAUGAAGAAUGAUAUAUUAAGCAGACCUGAAAGUCCUUUGUAUAAUCUCUAUCAAACUAUUAUUCAGUUAUCUAAUAAAUUUAAAAAUCCAAGUAUUAAACAAAUUGGUAUGAGGGAAUUGAAAUCAAAAGAAAAUCCAGCAAGAUUAAAUGUUAAUAUCGAAAAUUAUUUACUUAAGAAGCCCCAAGAAGGUAGGGCUUUUGUACUAGGAGAAACAUCAAAUGUUCAUGCAUUAAAUGACUUAUCAUUUAUACCAAUUGAAAAAAUGGCAGUUGGAAACCAACAACCUUUUGAACAUGAAGAAUUAUUUGAAAUACCAACAUCUAAUAAUUUAUUUAGUAUAGACACAAAACCUACAAAUAUUGAGGAUAUAGGAGAAUCUGUGGAACGUAAAACAAAAACCUAUAAAGAGCCUUUAUUGAGAUAUUAUGGAUUAAAAAUGAAAAAAAUGAAACCCAAUCCCAACAGAAAGCCAAAAGCAAAAGGAAAUAAUUAACACAUUCACAUACAAAGAAUACAAUUUCACAUAACUACUGUCAAUUUUGUCAUUUUAUAUAAAAAAAAUAUACAUUAAUAAAUUGCACAAAGUUA